AUCCAUAGACCAUCACUGUAACAGAAAAACCUCUUUCUCUCUCCUCUCGUUUUUGUGUUUUCCAUUCACACAGCAGACAACCCAAAAAAAAGACUUGCAGAAAAAUAUGGCGGCGAUUUCUUGUCACUCCUCUUCACUCUGCUUCGACUCAUUUUCUCUCUCCUCAAAAACAUCCUCACUCUCCGGCAACUCUCUUACUCACACUCUCCGUUUCUCCGACAACAACUUUUCAGCUUCUACUCGCCGCAUAAUCACUUGUCAGACCUCUUCUCUCGCUUCUUCUCCACUUUCCCUCGAUUCUCAAGUGAAAUCAGUCAAAAAGGAUUUUCUGCACAUAACUGAUUAUGACAAAACUACGAUAUUGAAGAUCUUAGACCGUGCAAUAGAGGUUAAAGCCUUACUCAAAUCAGGCGACAGGUCAUUUCAGCCUUUUAAAGGGAAGACUAUGGCUAUGAUUUUUGCAAAGCCGUCCAUGAGAACACGAGUAUCAUUUGAGACAGGAUUUUUCUUGUUGGGAGGCCAUGCAAUAUACUUGGGACCUGAUGACAUUCAAAUGGGAAAGCGAGAGGAAACUCGUGAUGUUGCUCGUGUACUUUCUCGCUAUAAUGAUAUUAUUAUGGCCCGUGUUUUUGCACAUCAGGAUAUCCUUGACCUAGCUAAUUAUGCAACUGUUCCCGUGGUCAACGGCUUGACAGAUUUCAACCAUCCUUGCCAAAUUAUGGCUGAUGCUCUGACCAUGAUUGAACACAUUGGUAGCAUAGAAGGAACCAAGGUGGUUUAUGUUGGAGAUGGGAACAACAUUGUACAUUCUUGGUUGCUAUUGGCGGCAAUUAUCCCAUUCCAUUUUGUUUGUGCUUGCCCAAAGGGCUUUGAACCUGAUCAGAAAACAGUACAAGAGGCACAGCAGGCUGGCAUCAGCAAGAUUGAGAUAACAAAUGAUCCAAAAGAAGCUGUUAUUGGCGCAGAUGUAGUUUACUCUGAUGUUUGGGCAAGCAUGGGGCAGAAGGAAGAAGCCGAACAUCGCAGAAAAGGUUUCCAAGGAUUUCAGGUGAAUGAGGAGCUGAUGAAAUUAGCUGGAUCAAAGGCGUACUUCAUGCACUGUUUGCCGGCUGAAAGAGGAGUUGAAGUAACUGAUGGGGUUAUCGAAGCCCCCAACUCAAUUGUAUUUCCUCAAGCUGAGAACCGCAUGCAUGCUCAGAAUGCUAUUAUGCUACACGUGCUUGGUGCCUGAAGUCUGAUAUUUUCUGAGCCUGUGCUGCACUGUUAGUCUGAUGCCUUCGCAUGGUGUAGAACUCGAAGAUACAGAUCUCUUCAGCAUGUUUCAUAUGUGCAAUGGAAGGAUCAAAGACCUGCAUCUUUAUAGCUGUAUUGAUUCUAAUGAUUUCAACCCCCCUUUCCCCCACCCUCUCACCUUUGGCAAAAAAAUUCAGGUGGAAUGAUAUGAGAAGAGCUGAUCAUGUAUCCUUUUCUUAAAUCUGCCGUCUUAUUUUCUCUUC